UUACAUUGCAAGUCUUCCAGUUUAAUUCUGUAGUUCUGAAUCUGAAAGACAGACUAUAACUGAGGACUAAAGACACACAGCAACUCUCAAACCGCUCCACUUCCUGAAAUGAAGCACAACUUUUACAAACCCCACCCAGACUUUAUUUACUGGCAAGGCGAGGCUCCUCUCGCUCAAAGUCUAUUCAGCUCAGAGUUGUCAUUCCCUCCCCUUUCACAGAUCUGCCCGUUUACAGAUGGGUGCAAACACCAUGUGAUCAAAUGUAAGAGAUGGAACGCUCAUACACUGCAGAUCAGUGGACAAACAUUGAGGAAAUGAGCACAGCAUUUAUCUGGUAACAGAGAGUGAAACUUACAGACAUUCACUGUCGUCUAGAGGAGAAAUGGCGCAGCAAGUGAUUCUGGAUCGAGACAAACUGAGCUGUUCAAUCUGUCUGGAUCUUCUAAAGGAUCCGGUGACUAUUCCCUGUGGGCACAGCUACUGCAUGAGCUGUAUUAAAGACUGCUGGGGUGAGGAGCAUGAGACGAAGACACACAGCUGCCCUCAGUGCAGGCAAAGCUUCACACCGAGGCCUGUCCUGGUGAAAAGUACCAUGUUAGCAGAGUUUGUGGAGGAACUGAAGAAAGCAGGACCUCAAGCUGCUUCACCUGAUCAUUCCUCUGCUGGACCUGGAGACGUGGCCUGUGAUUACUGCUCUGGGAUGAAGGUGAAAGCCCUUAAGUCCUGUCUGGUGUGUAUGGCCUCUUACUGUGAGCAGCACCUCCAGCCUCACUACAAUGUAGCUCCAUUAAAGAAACAUAAGCUGGUUGAGGCCACUUUAAAGCUCCAGGAGAACAUCUGCUCUCAGCAUGACGAGGUGAUGAAGAUUUUCUGCCGCACUGAUCAGAAGUGCAUCUGCUAUCUCUGCUCCAUGGAUGAUCAUAAAGGUCAUGACACAGUCUCCGCUGCAGCAGAGAGAGCUGAGAAGCAGAAGGAGCUCGGGGCGAGUCGGCAAGAAAUCCAACAGAGAGUCCAGGACAGAGAGAAAGACGUGAAGGUGCUUCAGCAGAGGGUGGAGGCUUUCAAUCUUUCUGCUGAUGAAGCUGUGAGAGACAGUGAGAAGAUCUUCACUGAGCUGAUCCGUCUCAUUGAGAAAAGAAGCUCCGAAGUGAAGCAGCAGAUCAGAUCCCAGCAGACAACUCAAGUGAGUCGAGCUAAAGAGCUUGAGGAGAAGCUGCAGCAGGAGAUCACUGAGCUGCGGAGGAAAGACACUGAGCUGGAGACGCUCUCACACACAGAGGAUCACCUCCAUUUCCUAAACAACUACCCCUCGCUGUCACGUCUGAGUGAAUCUGAAGACGUUCCCAGCAUUGAUAUCUGUCCUCUGCGCUCCUUUGAGGAUGUGACAGUGGCGGUGUCAGAGGUCAGAGAUAAACUGCAGGUUGUUCUGAGUGAGGAGUGGGGAAAGAUCUCUCUAGCAGUGAUUGAAGUGGAUGUUUUACCGCCUCAAGCAGAGCCCAGGACCAGAGCUGAGUUUAUGAAAUAUUCUUCUCAAAUCACACUGGAUCCAAAUACAGCACACUACAAUUUGUCAUUGAGUAACAGGGACAGAAAAGCAACAUUAAUGGAAGAAGAACAGUUAUAUUUGGAUCACCAAGACAGAUUUGGUCAAUGGAGUCAGGUCCUGAGUAGAGAGGGUCUGACUGGACGCUGUUACUGGGAGGUGAAACGGAGUGGGAGAGUUUUUAUAGCAGUUGCAUACAAGGAUAUUAGAAGAACAGGCACCAGAGAAGAAUGUGGAUUUGGAUAUAAUGACAAAUCUUGGUCAUUAGACUGUUACAGUAGUAAUUAUAGAUUCAGACACAACAGUAUUUCUACUUCCGUCUCAGGCCCUCAGUCCUCCAGAAUAGGAGUUUACCUGGAUCACAGGGCAGGUACUCUGUCUUACUACAGCGUCUCUGAAACCAUGACUCUCCUCCACAGAGUCCAGACCACGUUCACUCAGCCUCUCUAUGCUGGAAUUAUGAUUCCAAAUAGUGAUGGAGACACUGCUGAGCUGUGUGAGCUCAAGUAGACAAGAGUUUAAUGAGUGAUUCAUCUCUGUACAGUAAAUGUUGAGGUGUGUCUGCACUGCAGAGAUCAAACAUAGUGGGUGGGACUUUUUUCUUCUAUUUUAAUUCAAUGAAAUGAUGAAAACUUUUUUUUAUUUGCUACAUAGAGAUUAUUUGUUGAAAUUUGAUUAUUAUGUUAUAUUUACUAAACAUUUUCCUUAUAUACUGUGCAUGGAAAAUAUUGCAUAUGCAAAAUGAAUGUAAUAUAGAUUUUAAAAAAGAGUAAUGUUUACUUUUUACUGCUCUACAUACUGCUGUCUGUUCUGAUAUUGUAAAAUCACAUCACAUUUUUUUGUAAAUGUAAUUUGUUCUGAAAAAUUGCUAAUCAUCUUUUUGAGAGUGAAUUCAAGUGUCUUUACAUGGUUAAUUUUUUUUUUAUUAAAAGUUAAUGUUCAAAAUCCGACAAAUAAAUAGCCUAAGUAAAUAAAUUGUUGACUUGUCACACUCUAUAUUAUUCCUUUCACAAAAAUCUGUUGUUUUCCAACUUAAUUUCUGUCCAACUAAUCAGUUUUUUUCAAGAUAUUUUGGUAACAGACAAACGCACAGGGAGAUUAAUGAAGACAAAUAAGCUCCAAAACUUUGGCUUUUUUUGCAACGGAAAACAUGUCAAGACAAUAUUUCAGCAGAAUGUGUUAAAUGAAAAAUAAAUACUUUCUUUUUUUAUAUAUAUAGGGAUUAAACAAUCUUGUUUGUUGAAGUUUGAUGUUAUAUUUAGGAUCCUAAACAUUUUCACUAUAUUCUGUGCAUGGAAAAUAUUGCAUAUGCAAAAUGUCUGACGAAAAAUCUGUUUUUUUUCUACUUAAAAUUGAAUUUGGUUAUUAUAUAAAUGGGCUUGAUUAUGUAAAACAAAAACCUACAAAAUUAAAAAAAAGUCAUGUAUGUAAAAAUGUGUAAAUGUAUUUGGGUUUGGAUUUUUGAGCAUCUGCCAAAUGAAUGUAAUAUAAUUUAUUUUUAAAAUAA